UACGUCACGUCCGGGCAGUAUGACAGCCGGGUCUUUCCUUCCUGCAGCCGCCGGUGGCUCUAGAAGGUUCUGAUCGGGACCCGGUGGAUAACUUUUAAUCUGAGUCCAUCCGAAGCCGAGCCGCGGUGUUCCAGCUCCGGGACCGCAUCAGUUCCCCUCUGAAGACUUCCCCCGACAUUUUCCACCGAUUAUCGAGUCAAGAUGCCCGAAGCGGCGCCGGCACCGAGAGCCUCAAACAUGAGCAAACACAAAGGAGGGGCGUAUGUGGACCGCGACAAGCCGGCCCAGAUCCGGUUCAGCAACAUCUCAGCCGCUAAAGCUGUUGCAGAUGCCAUCAGAACCAGUCUGGGUCCCAAAGGGAUGGACAAGAUGAUCCAGGAUGAGAAAGGUGACGUGACCAUCACCAACGAUGGCGCCACCAUCCUGAAGCAGAUGCAGGUGCUCCACCCUGCAGCCAAAAUGCUGGUGGAGCUGUCCAAAGCCCAGGACAUCGAGGCCGGAGACGGCACCACCUCGGUGGUGGUGAUCGCCGGAGCGCUGCUGGACGCCUGCUCCAAGCUGCUGCAGAAAGGUAUCCACCCCACCAUCAUCUCGGAGUCGUUCCAGAAGGCCGUGGACAAAGGCGUGGAGGUGCUGACGGACAUGAGCCGGCCGAUGCAGCUGAGCGACCGCGAGACGCUGCUCAACAGCGCCACCACGUCGCUGUGCUCCAAGGUGGUGUCGCAGUACUCCAGCCUGCUGGCGCCCAUGAGCGUGGACGCCGUCAUGAGAGUCAUCGACCCGGCCACCGCCACCGGGGUCGACCUGCAGGACAUCAGAAUCAUCAAAAAGCUCGGGUGA